AGGACGCACAGGCGAAGAACGCAUCCAAGGGCGGUUCGGAGGAGCAGCAGCUCGUCAUGCAGCUUCUGCCCGCCAUUUCCAUCUACUUUGUCGGCUCCCUGGCCCUGGAGUUGCCCCAGGCGGUGUCCCUGUACUACCUCGCCAACACUGGCCUCACUGUGGCCCAGACGCAGUUUGUCAAGAUGGGGCUGCGGUCAGAGAUCCCUGGCUACGAGGAGUUCGAGAGGACGGGCAAGUUCCCCGAGGGGGCCAUCGAGGAGUCGCUCGCCGCCACCCAGGAACCCUCGAAGUCGCUGCACGAGGCGGCGAUGCGCGCAGACAUUAGGGGCAUCAAGGGGUUCCUUGAGGCCAAGGUCGGCGAGGACGGCACGCCCGGCGAGCCCGCUGCCGACAUCAACGGCUGGGACGAGAAGGAGAUCGCCCCCAUCGGCUACGGUGCCGCCUGCGGCCACACCGACGUCGUAAAGCUGCUCAUCGAGCGCGGCGCGGACCUGAAGAGGCUCGACGGCCAGGGCAACAGCCUCCUGCACUACGCAGCUGGCUACGGGCAUCUGGAAGUUCUUCAGCUGCUGAUCUCCGAAGGCGACGAGGUUUGGCCCGACAAUUCGUGGAAGGACAUAAAAAACAAGAAGGGCCAGUCGAUCAUGGACGCUGCCCGCGUGAACAAGAAGGCGCCCGUGCUCGACUUCCUCAACCGCCAGCUCGGCCUCGCGCCCGAUGUGGAGGUCCUGGAGGACUCCGCCGCGCCCGCGGCGGCCGCGCCCGCGCCGGCGCAGGCUGCGGUGCCCGCCGCAGGGGAAGGCUCGCCCACGGACCAGGCGCGCUCCGCACUGCUGGCUGCGGCGGGGGCGGUGGCGCAGCCGCCGGCGUCGGCGGCUGGAGCAGCUCCUCCCCUGGGCGGUGAGGCCACGGCCGCGAGAAUGAGGGAGGCGAUCGAGAAGCUGAAGUCCGAUCCCAAAGCGAUAGAGCAGGCUCGGGAGAUGAUGGACAAGAUGCCCCCCGGCCUGCUGUCAAUGCUGUCGGGGGGCAAGAUGAAGGAGGAGGAUGCCAAGAAGGCGAUGGAGGCCAUGAAGAAUAUGAAGACGGAGGACACCGAGAUCCUCGCGGGGGCCGAGAAGGUCGUGGGCCGCAUGCCGGCGGGGGCGCCGCCCGGCGCGCCCGUCUCCGCGGCGCCCGAGGUGUUGGACGCCGCCAUGGCGACCGCCGCCGCCCCGGCCGCGGGCGGCAAGACGCCGGUGGCGGUGGAGGCCCAGUCCGCGCGCGCCGUGGACUGA